UCAGACCCAAGAGCCGCGCACCAUGGGGUGGCGGGGGAGUUGCCGGGUUCUUUGACCUCCAGGACGCUGAUUAAAGAGGUGGCCCACAAGAGGUUGAACAGACGGCAUCUCUCCAACUGCCCGAUCGCCUGGCGACACACUGAAGACAGACGACUGCCUGCGGGCCAUGGAACGCUGCGUCAGAGUGAAGUCUUGGGUAGAACAGAAUCGGGCCUCUUUCCAGCCUCCGGUUUGCAACAAGCUUAUGCAUCAGGAGCAGCUCAAAAUCAUGUUCGUCGGAGGCCCCAAUACCAGGAAGGAUUAUCACAUUGAGGAGGGUGAGGAGAUGUUUUACCAGCUGGAGGGAGACAUGGUUCUCCGUGUCCUGGAGCAAGGAAAACACAGGGAUGUGGUCAUACGGCAGGGAGAGAUAUUCCUCCUGCCUGCCAGGGUGCCCCACUCUCCACAGAGGUUUGCCAACACCAUGGGGCUGGUGAUUGAGAGAGGGAGGCUGGAAACUGAGCUGGAUGGGCUGAGGUACUAUGUGGGAGACACUGCGGAUGUCCUCUUCGAGAAAUGGUUCUACUGCAAGGACCUUGGAACGCAGUUGGCCCCCAUCAUCCAAGAGUUCUUCCGCUCUGAGCAGUACCGAACAGGAAAGCCCAACCCUGACCAGCUGCUGAAGGAGCCACCAUUCCCACUGAGUACACGAUCCAUCAUGAAGCCCAUGUCAUUGAAAGCCUGGCUGGAUGGCCACUCCAGGGAGCUGCAGGCAGGCACAUCCCUCAGCCUGUUUGGGGACACCUAUGAGACGCAGGUCAUCGCCCAUGGACAAGGUAGCAGCAAAGGCCCAGGACAGGAUGUCGACAUGUGGCUGUGGCAGCUGGAGGGCUCCUCUAAGGUGACAAUGGGAGGACAGUGUGUGUGCCUGGCUCCAGAUGACAGCCUGUUGGUGCCUGCUGGGAGCUCGUACACGUGGGAGCGAGCACAAGGGUCUGUGUCCCUGUCUGUGACACAGGACCCUGCCUGUAAGAAGCCACUGGGGUGACUCUCUUAUGUGGGUGCCUGAGCACUAUCCUGCAGCCGCCCCUUCUGCCUCACCACAUCGCCAGGGACAUCAUCAAGCACCUCAACAGGCCCCUUGCUUGGUCAUGGGUUGUCACUGUCACCA